AUGCUUGUAACCAAAACCCAUCAUGAAUCUGAAGAGGUUUCAACAGAGUUGAAGUUGGGUUAUGGUUCUUGCAUAGCCAAUAAGAGGAAAGCAAGUGAAAACUUGGCCAAUUUCUCUCUGUCAUCUACAGCUUGUGGAAUCAAAAGAAUGAGACUUAAUAGCCAUAAAGUUGAAAAAGGAAAAGGGCCUAAUGGUGUGUCAUUGGAGUUGAAGCUUGGCCUUGAACCUUGGGUUAUCAAGAAGAGGAUUCAGUUAAGUGAUAUAGGUCAUUUGGCUAGGUUCUUGUUAGCAGCAGAUCUGGUGAAGGGGCAUAUUUUGACACAAUGGGAUGCGAGGCGCAUUGAAGGCAUCAAGAACAGGGUACGAGUUGCUGUUUGGGAUUGUGAUACCAAGUCUGAACAUCAAUUGACCUUCAAACAGUGGCCAAGUAAUAGGUGUUAUGUCCUCAAUGAAAAAUGGACUACGGAUUUUGUGUGGAGGAGGGGUCUAAAGAAAGGUGAUGAGAUUGGACUUUAUUGGGAUCAAAGCAAUUCAAGAUUCAAUUUUAGCAUUCUCAAGCGGGCUUCAAGUGAUUAA